AUGUCUCCUAGCUGUUCUGCCGGUGCUCUUAUACUGGAAGAUGGAACUAUUUACAAUGGGGUUUUAUUUGGUGCGAAAAUUCCACAGUCUGGAGAAGUGGUUUUCCAAACAGGAAUGGUGGGUUACAUAGAGUCGUUGACUGACCCAUCAUAUCAUACCCAGUUGCUAGUACUGACUUACCCUUCGAUUGGUAAUUAUGGUGUUCCAUCGUAUGCGGAGGUUGAUGAAUACUGUUUGCCAAAGUGGUUUGAAUCAGGACGAGUGUAUGCUCGGGGUCUUAUUGUAUCAGAUAUUUGUGAGGAGUUUUCUCAUUUUGCAGCUGUCAAGUCGCUAAGUCAGUGGCUACAUGAAAAUAGUGUCACAUGUAUAAGCAGUAUAGACACACGAUCUUUGACUCUGAAGAUUAGACAAUAUGGCACUCUCCUUGGAAAAAUUGUUCCCGUUUCAGUUGAUCCGGAGUCCAUUGAUUGGUAUAAUCCUUCGAAGCAUAAUUUAGUUGCGGAAGUCAGUCGGGACGAAAUCCAGGUUUUCAAUCCCGUUGGUGAUAUCCACAUUGCUGCUCUUGAUUGUGGAAUGAAGUUAAACCAAAUACGUUGCUUCGUUAAAAGAGGAGCAAAAGUGACAGUUUUACCAUGGUCAGCCGAUUUGUCAGGGACGGAGAAAGAUUAUGACGCAUUGUUUAUUACUAAUGGUCCCGGAGAUCCUGUUCAAUGCAGAAGCGUUGUUAGUCAAAUCCAAAAAUGGAUGACCACAAAAAAACCAUUGUUUGGGAUCUGUCUAGGUCAUCAGUUGGUUGCUUUAGCAUCUGGCUUCAAGACAUACAAAAUGAAGUAUGGUAAUAGAGGCCAUAAUCAACCAUGCAUUCACUUACCCACAGGACGCUGUUUUAUAACCAGUCAGAAUCAUGGAUAUGCAGUUGAUACUAAAACUAUCUCAGAUGGUUGGUAUGAACUUUUUCAAAAUAAAAAUGAUCACUCAAAUGAAGGUCUCGCUCAUCACAUUCACCCCUGGAUGACAGUUCAAUUUCAUCCUGAACAUAUGGCAGGACCAAUUGACUUAGAGUUCCUCUUCGAUGUUUUUGUAAACUACGUCAGGUCACCUAAUGGUGAAACUUUAAGCGAUCGUUUGACAGAACAUAUGAUUUAUGUCCAAGAACCAUUCGAGAAGAUACUUUGCGGUAAAGAUAACAAACCAAGGAAGGUCCUCCUUCUUGGUUCUGGUGGCUUGUCGAUUGGUCAGGCAGGAGAAUUCGACUAUUCUGGCAGUCAGGCGCUCAAGGCACUGCGAGAAGAAGGAAUUCAAACACUGUUAGUUAAUCCAAACAUUGCUACUGUACAGACUACCGAAGGAAUGGCUGACAAGACAUUUCUUCUGCCUGUUGCACCUGACGCUGUUGCUCGCAUCAUAAAAGCUGAAAGGCCUGAUGGACUUCUGAUUUCUUUUGGUGGUCAAACUAGUCUAACAUGUGGUCUCACACUGACUAAAACAAGUUCAAGUUAUCUAAUUCCAGAUCUUAAAGAUGAACAUUCAAAGGCUCAAAAUGUACUGGACUUAUAUAAUUGUCGAAUUUUGGGUACACCGACGUCGUCAGUUGAAAUAACAGAAAAUAGAGAAUUGUUUGCCUCAGCUAUGCGUGCAAUAGGUGAAAAAGUUGCUCCGGCCGAUGCAGCGACUACACUAAAGGAGGCUAUCACGGUGGCCAAUAAACUUGGCUAUCCAGUUCUUGUACGGGCAGCCUUUGCAUUAGGUGGUAUGGGAUCUGGGUUUGCUGAAAAUGCUGUUGAACUGGAACGAUUGGUUACAAGGGCUUUGGCACAGACAACUCAAAUUUUCAUUGAUAAAUCUCUGAAGGGAUGGAAAGAAGUUGAGUAUGAGGUUAUACGUGAUGCUUAUGACAACUGUAUCACAGUUUGUAACAUGGAGAACGUUGACCCAGUGGGCAUCCACACAGGAGAAUCUAUUGUUGUCUCACCAAGUCAAACACUUUCAAAUGUUGAGUAUUAUAUGCUGCGAUCUGUUGCAAUCAAGGUUGCUCGUCAUCUGCGGAUUGUUGGGGAGUGUAAUAUCCAGUUUGCACUAGAUCCACUUUCUCUGAACUACUACAUAAUUGAAGUGAAUGCACGACUUUCUAGAAGUUCUGCUCUUGCCAGUAAAGCUACAGGUUAUCCUAUAGCUUAUAUAGCUGCCAAGCUAAGCUUAGGCAUGAGUCUACCAGAAUUAACGAAUAGUGUAACAGGUGGUCAAACUACGGCUUGCUUUGAGCCAAGUUUAGAUUAUUGCGUUGUAAAAAUUCCACGCUGGGAUUUAAGCAAAUUUUCCAGAGUUAGUCGAAAAAUUGGGAGUUCUAUGAAGAGUGUUGGUGAAGUUAUGGCUAUAGCACGGUGUUUUGAAGAAGCUUUACAAAAAGCUCUUAGAAUGACAAAUGAAAGCAUUACUGGAUUUGAUGGUUUACUAGAAGAUCCUACUGAUGAUGCCUUAUCUGAGCCAACCGAUCGUCGAAUUUAUACAUUAGCUGCAGCUCUACGUUUAGGUUGGUCAAUUGACCGUCUGCACUCACUUACUGCUAUCGAUAAAUGGUUUUUAUAUCGCAUGCAAUCUAUUACUAAUUGUGCGAAAGAAUUAGAAUUGUUCUGUGACGGUGCCUUUGGUAAUGACAUGAAGGUAUUAGAGUCAAUACAAACAACUAUUCCUGAUAGAGUGUCUUUUGAUACUUUAAUUCGGCAUUCUGAAAAAGUUAUGACUGCCAAACGUCUCGGUUAUAGUGAUUCUCAGUUGGCUCGCGCUUUGCGUUCAACAGCUGUUAUGGUUCGUUUGUUUCGUCGACAUCUAAAUUUGAAUCCAUUGGUUCGUUUAGUUGAUACUGUUUCAGGUGAAUGGCCUGCGUAUACAAAUUACCUUUACACAACGUAUGCAGAUGUCCCACUAGGCAACAUCCAUUACUUGAUAAAAUCUUUUAUUGACAGUGAGGAGGAAAAACCAGUACAACAGGAAGCGAUAGAUCUUUUGUUGAGGUGUAUGAAUGUAAAUAAAGUACAUGAUGUAUCAUUUGAACCAAAGUCUAGCAUCAUGGUCCUGGGGUCUGGAGUAUAUCGUAUAGGCUCUAGUGUGGAGUUUGAUUGGUGCGCAGUAGGUUGUGUUAGAGAGCUUCGUCGUUUGGGAUGGAAAACUGUUAUAGUCAACUGCAAUCCAGAGACUGUGUCAACUGAUUUCGAUAUGUGUGAUCGACUGUAUUUCGACGAAUUGUCACUUGAACGGGUACUUGAUAUAUAUGAAUUCGAAUGUCCAAUCGGAGUUAUCGUAAGUAUGGGUGGACAAACACCAAAUAAUAUUGCCAUGCCAAUGCAUCGUCUAGGUGUACCUAUUCUUGGUACAAGUGCUGAAUCUAUUGAUAAUGCUGAGAAUCGUUUCAAAUUUUCUCGUCUGUUAGACUGUAUGGGAAUAUCUCAACCCAAAUGGAAGGAGUUAACUGAUGUAGAAUCAGCUAAAGCUUUCUGCGAGGAAGUUGGUUAUCCAUGUCUUGUUCGACCAAGUUACGUGCUAUCUGGUGCAGCUAUGAAUGUAGCAACUGAUCAUGAUCAAUUAAUCGCCUACUUGUCUGCUGCAAGAAAUAUUAGUCCAGAACAUCCAGUAGUUAUAAGUCAAUUCAUUUUGGAUGCUAAAGAAAUCGAUGUUGAUGCUGUUGCACAAUCAGGUCGCCUUGUAGCUAUGGCUGUUUCUGAACAUGUAGAAAAUGCUGGCGUCCAUUCGGGCGAUGCAACGCUUGUCACACCUCCACAAGAUCUAAAUGAAGAAACUUUGAGACGUAUCAAGGAAUUGGUUCGCGCCUUAGCAGACGAACUUGAAGUUUCUGGCCCAUUUAAUCUACAGUUGAUUGCUAAGGAUAAUCGUCUGCAAAUCAUUGAAGCGAAUUUAAGAGUUUCUCGCUCAUUUCCUUUUGUAUCCAAAACAUUAAAGUACGAUUUCAUUGCAGCGGCUACCAGAGCAAUACUUGGCGCAGCACGUGAUUCAAUUUAUCCCCCAACUGAAUCUCAUGGUUCGAAAGCAGAAAGAUUAUCCUUCUCCAAAUCUUUUCUUGAGCCAUCUGUUAAUCUUUUGGAAAAUGCCACGGGUUUUGUUGGAGUUAAGGUUCCAGUUUUCUCUUUCGCUCGACUUCUCGGAGCUGAUGUCUUACUUGGUGUUGAAAUGGUUAGUACUGGUGAAGUUGCAUGUUUUGGUGUUGAUCGCUAUGAAGCCUACCUGCUAGCACAAGCUUCUGCCUUAUGCAAUACAAAUGGUCGUCUACCGAAACCAGGUGAUAAUAUAUUUUUAUCUGUUGGCAGUUAUCGUCACAAAGUGGAAAUGCUUCCAAGUGUUAAUCAGUUGUACCAAUUAGGAUACAAAUUAUACGGAAGCUGUGGCACUGCAGAUUUCUAUCAGACUCAAGGAAUUUCUAUAAUUCCAGUUGAAUGGCCUUACGAAGAAUCUGAUUACAAUUGUGUUAACAAUAAAAUUCAGGCUAGUACGGAGAUAAACUCAAAGGAAGGUACAAUUCAACAAUACCUCAAAGAUAAACUAUUCUCCUUGAUUAUAAGUUUAUCAUUAAGAAAAGUAGGAACUCGACGUUCUUCAGCUUUUGUUACUCGAGGUUAUCAGACAAGACGCCUUGCAGUAGACACAAAUGUCCCACUUCUAACUGAUGUAAAACUGACUAAGCUUCUUGUUGAAGCUCUUUAUCGAUUCUUCCGUGGACAGAGUGCAGACCAAACAAUAUAUCAGUCUCAGAGUAAUGAAUUCAAUAUGUACAGACAAUCUUUCUUACAUCGUUUACUUCCAUUACAUAGUAUAACUUCUAGUCAGAUCAUUUAUUUACCCGGGUUGAUCGACAUUCAUGUCCACACCAGAGAUCCUGGGAUGGAAUAUAAAGAGGACUGGACAACUGUCACUAAAGCUGCUCUUGCUGGGGGUAUAGUCACCAUUUUAGCUAUGCCGAAUACAGAUCCAGCAAUAGUUGAUGAGGCUAGUUUUAAUGUAAUGAGUCAACGUGCAGCGUCUAAAGCCUGUUGUGAUUAUGGCCUUUUUGUUGGUGCAUCACCUGAAAAUGUUUCCAACAUAAAUUCACUUUCUCGAAAAGCUAUUGGAUUGAAAAUGUAUCUCAAUGAAACAUUUACCAGUUUAUCAUUGGCUAACAGGCUGGAUAUCUGGCGACAGCAUUUUGAAAAUUGGCCAGCCGAUCGUCCGAUUUGUUGUCAUGCUGAAGGGGAGACUGUAGCGGCCAUAAUUUUCUUAGCGGAGCUUACUAGUCACAGUGUGCAUAUUUGUCAUGUUGCACGUAAAGCCGAGAUUGAAUUAAUUCGGGAUGCGAAACAACGCGGUGUAAAAGUGACCUGUGAAGUUUGUCCGCAUCAUUUAUUUCUAACUGUAGACGAUUUACCUCAUGAAGGCGGUUGGAGUGAAGUUCGUCCGCGUCUCGGUACGGCAGAUGAUGUAAAUGCCCUGUGGGCCAAUAUGCAUACAAUUGACUGCUUCGCAACUGACCACGCACCACAUACUAUUGCUGAGAAGGGUAAAGACCCAGGCGCCCCUCCUGGAUUUCCCGGUUUAGAAACUAUGCUACCGUUAUUGUUAACUGCUGUGUAUAAUGGUCGUCUUACACUCACAGAACUAAUUGAGCGAUUGUACUUAAAUCCAUGCAAAAUAUUUGGAAUAGGUACUGCCCACACUUUAAAUUCAGUUAGUCGAGGAAUAUAUGGAGAGACGUGGGUUGAAGUGGAUAUGAGUGUGGAAUGGAGUAUUCCCGGAGAUGCUUGGAAAACUAGAUCUGAAACUCCAAAAUUCUUUAGCCGAUCAAAUUGGAGUCCUUUCGCAGGCCGAAGUGUUCGUGGUCAAGUUCGUCGUGUUAUGCUCCGAGGUCACUUAGCAUACGUUGAUGGACGGGUCUUGGUGAGCCCUGGUUUUGGAAAAGACGUAUCGUCAAACUUAACUUCGUCUACGAAUUCAUUGGAUGCAAUAACAAUUGACACAACUUUGAAGCAUACAACUAUUUCGGUUGGUUCUCCUACUAUUAGGAAACGAACUAACUCAAAAUGUGAACGCGUUCAAUCUCAAGAUGAAACUCCAAUCCCAAUAACCGCUCAAAAUGAUGAGGGACCUCGAAGUCCAGUUAACAUAUGUCAACCUCAGGUGUCGGGUCUCAUUACGAAUGCCCACGUACCUACAACUCAUCAAAGUGCACCUAGUAUGUGGUUAGACGGUAUAUCUGGCAAACACAUACUUUCUUCUAUGGAUUUCUCAAGAGAUCAUCUUCGUCGGCUGUAUAAUCUGGCACACAGUUUUAAACUUGCUUUAAAUAAAAACAAACCACUCGAUCAAAUUUGCCGAGGGAAAGUAAUGGCCAGUCUGUUUUUUGAGCCUAGUACGCGUACUACCAACUCAUUUGCAGUGGCUAUGCAACGACUCGGAGGAACUGUAGUACACUUUUCAGAAUCUGAAAGUUCUCAGAAGAAAGGUGAAGCCCUUUUGGAUACUAUACGUGUAUUAGCUGGCUAUUGCGAUUGCAUGGUAGUAAGGCAUCCAGGAAAAGGUGCAAUACAAAGUGUCGCGAAUUCAAUACUCCAUAAACCAAUCAUAAAUGCAGGUGAUGGUAUAGGGGAACACCCUACUCAAGCACUGUUGGAUGUUUUCACUAUCAGAGAAGAGAUAGGAACAGUAAAUGGUCUAACUAUCACUAUGGUCGGAGAUCUUGCUCAUGGACGGACGGUGCAUAGUUUAGCACGACUACUAUGUUUAUAUAAAGUUAAGUUACGUUACGUCACUCAUAGAGAUGAGUUUAAAAUGCCGCAAGAAGUCAAAGCCUACGUUGCAGAACGAGGCAUUCCACAAGAAGAAAUGUCAAGCUUAGAAGAGGCACUCCCGGAUACCGAUGUUUUGUAUAUGACACGUGUGCAAACAGAAAGGAUUCAGAGUAAUGGUGGAGAUGCUAGAAAUGAUCAGUUCGUUGUCACACCGGAAUUGAUGGCAUUGGCUAAACCUACAGGUAUGAUUGUAAUGCAUCCACUUCCGCGAGUUGGGGAAAUUAGUCCCAGAUUCGAUUCGGAUCCUCGAGCAGCCUACUUCCGUCAAGCAGAAUAUGGGAUGCAUGUUCGUAUGGCUUUGUUGGCUAUCUUACUGGCUAAUCAGAAAUAA